AUGCAACCUCUAAACCCCUUUCUUGCCGCCUUCUUCAAGAGCUCCGUCGCCUCGCAGUGCACCCCAGUUCAUCACUACAUACUCCUGGUCCCGCAGACGGAUGUGCUACUCACCCAUCGCGAGACGGAGAGUGGCGCCUCCACGAGCGACAUCGUAGCCUCGGAGGAGUUUUUAGCUAGCCAUGUCCUGCGCAUACCUCCGCCUGGCGGUAAGGAGACCAGCCCGAAUUUGCGAGAGGUCCGAGGCAAGGCAAAACAGUUUUCAACGUUAAACGGGAGGAGCGUCAUUGUCAAGGAUGCAUCUAUUUACAGUAACAAAGGAUUUAAGACGGUCACACAAGCGCAAACGCAGAGCGACGCAGCCUGGUACCCCGACGUGUUCGAAGCCAGACAAUGGCUACUAUACUACAUAUCGAAACCCUUGGUUGGGAACUGGCGAGAGAUCAACAUUCCUCCUGCAAUAUUGCCCACUCCAAGCCGGACCAUGGAGACGAAGCAGCCCUCGAAUAGUGAUUCUGCGGAAUACUCUACACCUAAGAAGAAGGACAUCAAAACAUUCCACGAGCUGCUCAACAAUUUCCCUAUGAUUGCUCGACAAAUGCAGUCGGGACUGGAAGAGAUAUUUACAGAGUUUACAAUAGUGUUUCAAAAACCACUGCCGGCGCCCCCAUCAGCAAACGAGAUUCCAGACCCUGCACCCGACGGCCCGAUUGCCACGGCCAUGAGACGAGCAAGAUCAAGUAGCUUCAAUGUCCGCUCGCAGCCUGCGUCUAGCGCAAGCAGCUUACCCGUCACCGAGGACUUUUACGCCGAAGACGAGGAGGAUGUUAUGCGUGCUUCACUAGAGACUGCAGUCACCACGGCAAUUGAUUUGUUCCAAGGCGUGGAUAAGCAGCAGUUGUCUCUGCUCGGCGCAACCACAGACCUUACUGGGCCGCUUGUAGAGAAGCUCAUCGAGCGAUACAUUACCGAAAAUGUGCAUCACCUUCUCUUCUCUAGACUGACUUCCCUCAAGAGGCCGGAAGAUCUGGAGCUGGAAGCAAAGAUACGGCAGAUGGAGUACAUUGACAUUUCGCAACUGGGAAUCGCCAUUGACGGCGGGCCUAAAGCAAAGCACGACUUGAUUAUCCACCUCGGGCCGGCAAUUGAAGAGUUUCGCAAAAUAUCUAACGCUAUGAGCCCACAAGAAAUGCUGGAACUCUUGCUGUCUACCAUGAAGACCGUGUCUCAACUCACAGGCGAGGCGCACGAGGAGGGGGAAAAUUCAUCGGCAGAAAAAGCAAUCAUGACGGUAAAUGCCGACACGUUGGUUUCCCUGCUGCUUUACGUCGUGAUACGGGCGAGCGUGCGCAACUUGCAAGCUCGUCUUGGCUAUAUCCGGAACUUCAUCUUUGUUGACGACGUGGAUAGCGGCGAGCUGGGGUACGCGCUCAGCACAUUCGAAGCCGUUUUGGCCUAUCUUUCCACGGACUCAGCUGGAUUGCGCCGUGCAAGUAGGAAGAACAAGGCGCUGUGGGAAGCUACUAAAAAGGGAUCAAUGCCAGAGCUGAAAAAAAUCAUGGAGCCUAACACGUCUGCUAUUGAAGACGACGACGAAGAUGAGUCACCGUCGCAAAAGCCCAGCCGGCGACAGUCGCUUAGUUGGAGCUUGACGAAUGGCUCUUCGCGACGCUCAUCAGACCUCGCCACACCAGAGCGAUUGUCUAAAGGCUCUGGCUUAAGUCACGUCUUUCCCUUCCAAACUGACGGCGAAUGCGACGACGAUGAUGAUCGCCACUCCGGCACUUUUAGAGUCGCCAGAGUAAAGAAGGUAUCAAUGGAUACGCGAAGCUUCUCCAGCGAUUCCGAAUUUUCGUUUCACUCGCGGUCCACGGGCGCUGGCACCAUUGGCAGCGCUUUGGAAGGUGAUAUUUCUGUUGAACGACUGGCGCAAACAAGCGAUUCGUUUGGCGAGUCUGUCUUGAUGAUGGCUGUUCAAAAUGGCCAGCUCAACAUUCUCAAAUACCUCCUGUCACUGCGCGGCUACUAUCCCUUGGAAUCUGUCUUGGAGGACAUGAACAACGAAGACACGUCGCUUUUGAGCGCCGCGGUGCAGCACGGCAACGCAGAAAUCAUUGAUACUCUUUUGGACUGCAUCAGCUCUGGUGUCUCGCACGAGCAGCUUGUUCAAUAUGUUCAAGAGCAGGACAUCUGGGGACGAAGCCUAGGUCAUUAUCUGUUCAACUCGCCAGCCCUCAUCACAAGAAUCGGCUAUCUCAUUCCCUGGAAGCAGCGCGACAAGAAUGGACAGACGCCCUUGUUUGCCCUUUGCCGAUCAUAUGACCAUGCUGACUACUGCAACAUGGUGGAGGCUGGUCUCAAAGCCGCCAAGGUGGCUCAAGGAGAUGGACAACCCCUGCAUGUCGACGAACACGUCGACGGAAAAGGAAACACGCUGCUACAUAUCAUCAAUAACCCUAGACUGGCCUUGAGAAUUUUGCAUUACUGUGACGUCGAUGUAAAUGCAAUCAACGAGAAGCGUUUUACACCGCUUAUGGUUGCUAGCAAGUACGGACGUUAUGACAUGGUCAGGUCGCUGUUUGCCGAUCCCCGGGUAGACCUAGGGGCCAGGGAAGCCAGAGGUCUGACAGCCGUGGAGCUGGCCAAGGACGAAGACGUCAGAAACAAGAUUGAUGAUUUGGGGCUUUUCAGCAUGCCGCCUGGCCAGGAUGGGCGCAUUACUGGUGUGGUGCGGGCCUUUUUCGUUGAGGACGGAACAGUUCGGCUGGUGCUCAAGUCAGCAGCGCCGACAGAUCACGACAGUUAUACCGUAACGACGAGCCGGCGUUCGCUGUCCGAUUUUGAGCAGCUGGGCCGCCUCUUGGCAGAGGAGAACCCGGCGUCCUGGGUUCCGACAGUCACCGACACCCGGUCGCCGUUCCAACUACCCUCGAAACCGUCUCGCGCAUUGCUGCGCGACAUUCAGGCAAAAAUGGACUGGUUUCUGAGAACCAUGCUGAAUCACCCUACUCUCUCAAAACACGAGAUGCUUUGGGAGUUCUUCUUGGUACCUGAGCUGCAGCUGGGCACAAUGGAAGACAGGACCAGACUCAAAAUCGAAGCCCGAAUUGAACGAAUCAGAGAGGAAUACGAACCGGUGCAAGAUCUUAGAGAAGUCGAGCAGUUUGUCAACCAUGCACGCGAAAUCGUACGCAGCGUCAACUAUGCGACAAAGAGUGCUACGAGGCGUGUCAACAGCGUUGGUGUAGUUGGCGCCGAUAUGUACGAUUCGCUGGUACUGCUGCACCGCAGUGCGUCCGGGCUGGUCUUUUUACCACAAGGCCACCACAUUGUUGCGCUGGAAAUGUAUGCCAGGGCGAUGCAGCCCACACAGUCAAGUCCACACAUGACGCUGCACACGACUUUGAUUGCUGUUCAGUCUACGGUCCAAGCCUUGCUCUCUGCGCUUGGACGACCGACGACCAUCGUUGCGCAGAUCACCAAUGCCAAAAGAGAAGCAGACCGAAGCCAAGGCUCCAUAGGUAGAUCCUCGCGAUGGCCUCUGGGCUUGCUGGAUGACACUCGCCAGCGUCUGCAGGAGGAAAAGGAGAAAAAGGCCCAGAAAUGGCGCGAGGAAGCUUCGUACAUGGCGCGCGAACUGCGCUACACCCAGCAGACGGUGGCAGCAGAGAUGGCCGGCUGGCAGAACAUGCACGACACAAUGGAUGAGAUUGGAGGGGAUGAAGAGAGCACUCAGAGCGAUACGAGCAAACGCACCGGCCCCAGCUUCUAA